GAGCGCGUCACGUCUUUUCUCAGCUUCUCCCCACGAAUGUCCCCAGUCUUCCGGCAAUUGCACGCCGGCAAGGCGCUUGCGAACCCGUCUACUUCGCGGUAAAGCGCUGGCAAGAUGAGUCAGCACUCUCAGAUUGUACUGUCGCAGCGACCGAAGAAGGGCAUCGAUCCAUCAUUGGAAAGCGGGACAUUCAAGCUCGAAAGAGUGUCCACGCCGUCUGCAAGCGACAUUUCGCCCGACGAUGUGCUCAUCAAGGUCGAUACAGUCUCGCUCGAUCCCGCAAUGCGAGGCUGGCUCAAUGACAUCCGCUCUUACGUGCCGCCCGUCAAAAUAGGCGAGGUCAUGCGAGCAGGCGGUCUUGGUACCGUCAUCGCUGUCGGCAAGUCCGUAAAGAAGCUCAAGCAAGGCGACAGCGUCUAUGGCACGCUGGGGUGGCAAGAGGUCGCAGUCGUGCCCGCCAAGGAGCUUCAGAAGAUAGAGACUCCCAAAGGCGCGACCAGGAACGACUGGCUGGGCGCUCUGGGCUUGACAGGCCUGACAGCCUACUUCGGUCUCCUCGAAGUCGGCAAAGUCAAAGCUGGGGAGACGGUGCUCGUCUCUGGCGCUGCUGGUGCCGUUGGUUCCAUGGCGUGCCAGAUCGCAAAGCUAAAGGGGUGCAAGGUGAUUGGUAUCGCGGGCACGACAGAAAAGUGCGACUUCCUACGCAGCGAAUGCAAGGUCGACCAAGUUCUCAACUACAAAGACGCCGACUUCAAGGCUAAGCUUAGGUCGAUACCCUUAUUUGACGUCUUCUUUGACAACGUCGGCGGCGAGCAGCUCAACAUUGCUCUUCAGAGAAUGCGGCCCAAGGCCCGCGUGGUGCUCUGCGGCGCAAUAGCUGGCUACAACGGCGAAGAAGGCCAGGGACUGACGGCGUAUCCCGCCUUGAUUGCCUUCAAGGCUAGGAUGGAAGGCUUCAUCGUAUUCGAGUAUGAAAGUCGGUACGCGGACGCGGCGAAAGAGAUCGCAGGUUGGUUAGCAGAGGGCAAAAUCAAGCGCAAGGAGACCAAGCUCAAGGGCAUCGAGUCUUGUCCAGGCGGACUUGUUGGCCUCUUCGAAGGCGCCAACACAGGCAAGAUGCUGGUUGAGUUCUCCAGUCCGAGCUCUCACCUGUAGCCUGUCAUAACGCAUUGGUCGGGAUGCUCAAUGAGGGAUUGCCACGUCACGUCGCGCAGCCCCGCGCGUCAUCGAUGAUAUCGAUGCAGUGAUUUUUGCUGAUGCACUCAUUCAUGCAUGCUCGCCACGCCUGACUUGUCACAUCUGACGAGGGCGGAUUGGGAGCAUGUGUAUGAGCCAGCCGAGGAUACAUUCGUCCUCCUUGAUGCCCUUGAGCUUGACGCAGCUUGGCUCCGAUCGCGUCAACAUUGCGUCUGCC